AAAUAAUUGAUGCCUUGGUAAUGUGCUUAAAGUAAGUUGAGCGUCUAUGCUCACGAGUACUGACUAGAUCUGAUUGAUCGGCAACCGCAGUUAAAGCUAAAUAUUAGGAAGUUUCAAAAUGUGUGAACAAAAAAGACAUACAACCAGCUCCAUACACGGUCACAUGCAUAGCAUGUCCGAAUCAAAUUGUAUAUAUUGACUUGACAGCGAAACACAUAAGCAAAUAAGUGAAUACAUUUCAGAUAUAUUGAUGAAGCAAUAUAAACUGGUUCGGUUUCUCAUCUUCCUCUUAUCAAUUUUUAUAUGCUUCGUCACAAUCCAUUCUCAAUGCCCACCAACACUACCUGCGCCUCAAUCAAUGCCACCACCACCACCACCUGGCCCAUCUUCAAAGCCAUGUCCACCGCAAGGCACAUAUAAAUUCCCACCUGCGCCUCAACCGGUGCCAUCACUAGCACCUUGCACAUGUCCGUGUCCAUCAGACCCAUCUCCAAGACAAGAGCCACCAAAGAACGUAACCGUACCGGCAUUGUUUGUAUUUGGGGAUUCGCUCGUAGACACAGGAAAUAACAAUAACGUAAGCACACCUCUGAGGUGUAAUUUUCGACCAUAUGGUAUUGAUUUCUUACAAGGUGUUCCCACUGGUCGGUACUCCGAUGGCAAAGUCCCUUCCGAUUUUUUAGCGGAGUAUUUGGGGAUAAAAUCUAUCGUACCAGCAUAUAUGGAUCCAAAAUUACAACCAGAUGAUUUACUCACCGGUGUAUGCUUCGCUUCGGGUGGUAGUGGUUACAUUCCUAUGACACCCACAUAUUUGAACGUGAUACCAAUGUUGCACCAAUUGACAUAUUUCCAACACUACAUAGCGAGAGUGAAGAAGUUAGUAGGACAAGAGAAGGGCGAUCAGAUAAUAACCAAUGGCUUAGCCAUUGUGUUCGCAGGUAGCAACGAUAUGGGCAUUACGUAUUAUGGUCCAGGUGCUCAGUGGGUCAAAGACGAUAUCUACUCUUUUACCUCUAAUAUGGUUGAGUCUGCCACCAGUUUCGCCAUGCAAUUAUAUGGAUAUGGAGCAAGACAUAUAGGAGUAGCUGGAAUGACACCACUAGGAUGUAUACCAGCACAAAGAACUCUUAAAGGAGGUCCUCAUAGAAAAUGUGCUCAAGAUGUUAACUAUGCUGUUCAAAUUUUCAAUACCAAACUCUCUAUUGCUUUAGAUCAUUUGGCUAAAACUCUACCGGAUUCUAAAUUGGUUUUCAUGGACAUCUAUUCUCCUUUCAGUCAGAUUCUAGAAAACCCUGCGGAUUACGGGUUUGAAGUGAUAAAUAGAGGAUGUUGUGGAACCGGACUAGUGGAAACUGGUCCACUUUGCAACCAAGAGACAUCAACUGUGUGUAGAAAUAUUUCUGCUUAUCUGUAUUGGGAUAGUUUCCAUCCAUCGCAAAGAUUAUAUGAAAUCUUAACCAAAAUACUUGUUAAAAAAUACAUCCCUCUAUUAUUUUGAGAAAAAGAUUUUUACUUGAGACAUUUUUUUUUUUAAAUUCUGAGAGAUAUAACAUUUUGUAUAUGUAUUAAUCAUAUUGUUAUUACGUAAUAGUUGUUGUUUCUGAUAGUUACCGAUCAAUAUUAUUUGUCUUUGAAAUGGUUUUCAAUUUUUUUGUUUGAUAAAUCCAUCGAUUUCAGUACUGUUUCUCGACGCAUAGGUUCCUUCAGCAUUUAUUAAGACUCUCGGAUGAAAACAAUACUCGAAGUGUUAAUCCAUUUAUUUUUGUUUGAAUUUAAGAUAAACUUUCAUUUACUUUCAGAUACCUCCCUUGCUCUUCACUCACCUCGUCCCUAGCGCUUGAUGCAUAAGAUGAUCCAUCAACGUUAUAGCAUAACACAAUCUUCCUGUUCACCUUCUCUUGAUCUAGAUGAGUACCAUAGUCACAUUUCCUGAAAACCAACUAUUUAAUCAAAAGUAAUUCUAUGAUCAGAGUUAACAUAUGUUCAAGCUGUCAAACGAGCUGCAAAACCAGUGGAGUUAAGUGCAAUGGUGCUACCUUGGGAAAGUAUGUAUUUAUCAUGAAUAUAUGUCAUGCCAUUAUCUUGAUUUCUGUUAUCCAAUUUAAGAGGGAAGAAAAAGAGGAGACAGUGGAAUCCAGCCCAAAAAAAGGAAAACUCAUGAGAACCUCUGGAAGCCCAACUAGAUUUCUACAUAAAAAAUAAUAAAAAAGCUCCGAUGCCGGGAAUCGAACCCGGGUCUCCUGGGUGAAAGCCAGAUAUCCUAACCGCUGGACGACAUCGGAUAGAUGUCUUAAUAGUUUAAACUAAUUUAUAUAUAGAUUGUUUUUAUCAUAACAGUUGCAUUAUGGAACUUCAAAAGCUAAAGUAAUGUCAAACAAGGUUUGAUUUAUAAAUACGGUAAAUGUAUAAAUUAAUAACCAACUACGUUUAACCAAACAAAGAAAUGAAAGUUGUAUUCAACCAUACUUCAGCAAAUUAUUCUGAAAAC